GGCAGCGCCCCCUGCCGGUGCAGUGGAGAGUCGCGCCUCGGGCGGUCUGAUCUGAUGCUGCUGUGAUCUCACAGUUGUCGCUGUGCGGUGGAGGCGUUUUUUUUUUCCUUGUGUGCAGCCAACCGCAAGAAAUGGAUGUGUUUCUAAUGAUCCGACGUCACAAGACGACCAUCUUCACUGAUGCCAAAGAGUCUACCACAGUUUAUGAACUGAAGCGCAUUGUGGAAGGCAUUUUAAAGAGGCCCCCUGAAGAGCAGAGACUUUACAAGGAUGAAGUGAUGCUCAAUGAUUGUCAAACUCUUGGAAAUUGUGGCUUUACAAAUCAAACCGCUCGACCUCAGGCCCCAGCCACGGUGGGGUUAGCUUUCCGUCUGAGUGAUGAUUCAUUUGAGCAGCUGAGAGUCGAGUCUUUCUCCACCCCCCCAGAGCUCCCUGACGUCAUGAAGCCCCAGGACUCGGGCAGCACAGCCAACGAGCAGGCUGUACAGUGAGGGAGGGGGGCAGGGAACCGACGGGGCUGCACAGGGGGUCGGAGGGUGGAUACACAGGGGAGGGAGGGGUUAGAUUUUGGAAUGCCCUCACGGGUGAGUUUUACCUGGCCGACGACAGAUCUUCAGUGGGGCACAAACAAUUCCGAGCACGGAUUCCCCUCGUGGUAAAUGAGAGGGCGAGCGUUUUCAAAGUGCUUCAUUUGUCCUGAACUCGGCCAACGCAUGCUAGAUAAUUGAUCAUUUCACACAAGACCCUUCAGAGAUACCUGGCGGACUUGUCACGACACUGUCGGUCAUGCGUGGGAUUGGUAAUGGCUGAACAUAAGAAGUUGUACCUCGUAUUUAAUUAAUUCAACUCUUUAUUUAGGGUAAGCUUAUUGCUAGUUUACCUGUUUUUGUUUUUUUUAUUUGAUUUUGCUGGCUUAAACGUGGGAGUUAGAUUAUAAGGUGUGACAUUUUUAGGCUUUUAUGUUUGUGUGUUUCUUUAUUAAACUAUUACUAGGAUUCAACAUGUUUUUUGGUCUUUGGCCCUGGAUAUGUGUUGCAACAAUAGCUAGGAAUUUGUGGAUUUCUAAGUUACUAUCUGUAUUUCAAAAACCUUAAACAAUAUGAUCUGAGAUCAAAUGGAUUCAGGUGUUAACAAGGAGACCUGGCAUUAAGAUGAACGUUUCUUGGUACUUGACCUAAUCAGUAGUUGUAGUUUUCCUACAGUAGCUGCUCACAGAUGUUACUGAGACUGAACGCACCCAGCUGUGGGUAUCUACAACACAUGUGACGCUGGCGCGGACCUCCAAUGUUUGAUUGUAGCCGAUGACAUCUUAAAGAUGUCCUUGACUUGAAUCGGUGUGGCUAAUUGAAAGUAAACCCAACGCGUUUUAAGUUAAACAGGUAGUUUGUCAUGUGCUGAGAUGGGAUCCAUGCCUGUCCGCAGCGGGCUGCACAUUUGACCCUCCGAUGUUUCCCCAUUUAGCUUUAGUUCAAGCUGCAACUUGUGUUGUAUUGUACCCCAUUAAUAGAGAAAUAAACUCCUGCACAUCAAGUAGAAGUCUCAUGAUCACUGGGUCCCAUGAUCUGGAAAAACUACAAUUUAAAAACUAAACCCUCUAUUAGUUACAACAUGAAAUUGUUGACAUUAACAUUUGCAAAUUGAGGCUGUUAAACAGUGGGUCAUGAUCAAAGUUGCACUUGUAACUGAUUUAACAUUAAAACAACUGUUUUUCA